CGUUCAACGGCCGCCAAACUAAACAACGACAACAAAACAAUCAUAAUCAUUAAAUCCGAUUGAAUUUUGUGCGCGCUAACGGUGGCUUGUUUGUGAAACAAUUGAUGUGUAUAUGCGCUGUGCGCGAUUCGCUAACAAUGUCCGGAUGAGUUUCUUGUUUUGUUUGGUUUUUUUUCCGAAGAAAAAGUUAACUUUUGUGUGCGUGCCACUGUAGACUAACGAAUUGCGCGAGCGAUUGUAUGCAGAGCGAGCGCGAACUGCCGGAACAGUAAGGAAAGGAAAUGGCGUCGGCCAGCGGGAUGCGCUCCGACAAAAUGAACCAACAACGCAGACGCUUCUCGCUGCAAACGUCGGUCAAUUUCAUCAACAAGAUGGGCAGGAAAUUGAGCAUCGGUAGCCAGCACAGCGGCCACUCUUCGCGCUCUUCAUCCUGCACGGGGAGUUUGAACAAUUUGAGCGAUCAGCACGUGGCGGAGAGGCAAUUCAAAUUCGGCGGCCACAGUCACAACGAGCGCACGGGUCGCAGUCGAUGGCGCAAACCGAUUGCGGUCAGCGUUGGCGGCAGCGAAGAGGAACUCAACCGACGGUUUGCCGACUUCGACACGUACCUCGGCGGAUUCGACGACGGGCCAGCUGCCGUCGGCCGGCCCGCCCCCGUUCCCAUCAUUUUGCUCCAGUCGGCCGACGAAGACGACGAGCAAAACGAGGCGGGUGGUCGGCAGCGUUCGCGCUCCGAAACGAGGCCGCCGUCGCAUUUCUCGCGAUUGCUGAAAUUCCAUCGACGUCGGCCCAGCCAGUCGGAGAAUUCGCCGUCCCCGACGUCCGUCUUGGCUCAAUCGCUGGAAUUCCCCGUGCCCUACGAGAGACGGGGCUCGUUCCAGAGUUCGUCGACGCUGGGCGUCGCCACGCCCGUUCUCAAGUGCUCACUCGAACAGCUACCGGAAGGCGUGCAAGUCCACCACGCGACGCGAACUUGCAGCCCGUCACCGGAACCUUUCAACGGCCCCUGCUCUUUGUCCGUGCCCGUGAAUCACAACGAGGAGCUGCCGGACAAGCUCGGAUUCAAAUCGACGUUCCGCGAUCGGUCGGCCACUUUCUCUUCAACCGACGGCCUCGAUCGCAGGAAUCCGUCUGCGGAAUUGACGCGUCCCGUCCAGAGGGAGCGCAGCGUUUCGUUUUCCGCUACGCAGGCCGGCAGCCCGUCUGCAUCGCCUACACCGGCCGAUGAUCGCACCAAAAAACGUCGUAGUUUGGGUUAUCUGUUUUGGCCGCCAUCAGGCUUGUUUAGUCGUAGCAGGACCAAGAGCCGGAGUGUGGAUCAGAGUUUGGCGGCCGCGUUUGACGUGGAUGUCAUUGGCGGAUUGAGCCGUUUAGCCGGAUCGGCUUUGGGCAGUAGCACCGACAGUGGCGGAGGAGGUCGUCCUGGUAGCCCCAUCGGUGAGAGACGAUCAAGCGGAAGCGGCGGCAGCAACAGCCGCCUGACGGAAGACACGCUGGCCUAUACAGUUCAGAGCAACGACACGCUGACCAGUUUGGCCGCUCGCUUCGACACGACACCGUCGGAGCUGGUCGCCAUCAACAAACUCCAUUCGGGUCUGAUCUUCCCUGGACAGGUACUGCUAGUUCCGCGUAAAGAUGCCGACGCGAGUAGAGGAGCCGCAGCGGAUUCGGAAGGGGCUGGAAUGUCGGCCACGGGGGGCGAGUCGGCCACCGUCGGACCGCACAUGUCGCUGAACGUGUCCAUCAGGUCGUCGACGAGUAAUACCAACAUCAACGAAAUCGGUCGCGACAGCAAUGGCGGCUAUGCGUCACCGACAGCAGAGCGCCCCAUCGAGCACGCAUUUCUCGACAGUUUACGACCUCCCGGAUCGCCGCGUUUCAACAGAGUGGAUUUGUCUUUUACCAGCCCAAAGAGCGGAGCUGGACAGACGGGCACUUGCGCCUCGGAUUUGGCCAACAUCGAACGUGAAAUCAACAACGAAGAAAUCUUAACCCAAAUGGACGAGGAGGCCGAACGUCUGAGGGAUCGCAGCGCCUACGAGAAGUUCUUGAAAAUCCACGUCAGGCACAUCACGGACGGCCAGGGCGUUGUGGCCGGCGUCCUACUCGUCACGCCCAACACGGUCAUGUUCGAUCCGAACGUGUCCGAUACGCUCGUCAUCGAGCACGGAGCCGAAGCUUAUGGUGUCAUUGCGCCCAUGGAAUUCGUCGUCAACGCGGCCCUCUAUCCGGACAUUGCUCACAUGAGGCUGGCCGAUUCGAAGGGCCAGCCCGACCAGCCCAUCACCGACCCAAUCUAUUUCCCGACCAAUUGCCCGUUGCACCGGAAGUACGCCCUCCUGAAGGAGAGGGCCCACCUCAAGCAGAAGGAGACGUCCAAUCCAUUGGACGUUGAUGAUCUCGAUCCGGCCGCCGGAAUACUCGCCAUUGCCGGUGACAUUCAGCGUCGAUGGAGCGAAGGAGAAGACGCCGGAGGCGAUGGAAGCCAGGCAACAGCUCAAGGGGAUGCUUUGGCAGAGGCGGCCGCAUCUUCAGUGCCGGCCACGUUGGAGCCCGUGCGAAGUGAUGACGAAGCAACCCAAACGAGAACCAGCUCUCUUAGCCACGAUAGCGUGGACGGUGCUGUUGUGACAGUCACCUCUAAACCUGUUUGUCCAAUCAUUCCGCCGCCGUCGGUGGUCGAAGCCGCCCAUCAAAGUGGCCACGUUAUUCGCCUGCACGUUAAAAAUGAAACUUCAGUUCCGGCCAGCGUUGCGGAUGCCUCGGCCGGUGGGCCACGCAAAGGAGAGUUGGAUCUAGUUGACAAAUCAUCGCUGUCGUGCGAUCAUUCAUUGGUCAGUGGCAUGCGGCUUGCCUCUUCGAUGGACAAGACACCCAGUGGCGAACGCGAGGAUGAAUUGUGCAUCUCGGAAGAGCUCAACGUCACCGACGAUGAUGACAAAGACGAGGCGUUCCACUCUUCCACCGGCUCUGCUUAUGAACAAGUCAUCAAUGAAGCCAUGAUGGAUGACUCGGAGAGCCGGCCCCGCCAUGGUAGCACUGGGACAACAUCGGCCAUGGGUCCCCAUCAGAGCGGCGCUGCCCGCAGUCGGGCAAUGCACUCGAGUUUUCAUCGUCAGCCGCGCCACGCUUCCGGAUCUGAACCCAUGGCUACCAGCCGGCCUCAAUCGAGUUCUCCGGCGCCAAUCGCAUCAUCGCCCGAAACUCGGGGACAAAGAAUGCUGAAACGCUUGUCUUAUCCGCUCGUGUGGAUGGGUGAGAGUCUGACGGCCGAUUCGAAGGAAAACAGUCCAGUCUUGCUGGCUGAUAAGGACCCCAACGCCGAGUCCGUCUUCUCCAAAGUGUUUUCCAGUAAUCACGCCGACCAGUCGGUGGAGUUGAGCUGCGACAAUUCGAUGGCGAGCCAAACCACCGACGACAGUUGGGUCGUUGCCGACGUGACGGAACAUACUGGCGCGGAACGUUCGGCUAUUCUGAUGGCUGCCGCAGCCGCCAUCGCCAUCGGAACCAUCGACGGCGCGAGGAGAUUGUCGACAGAAAACAGUUUGAAAUUGGAUAGCCGUUUGGUGCCGAAUUUAUUCCGCGGCAAGGACCAAGGACAUCAACAGCAACAGCAGCACAAUGCGAAUUCAAGUGGCCAAUCAUCUGGUGGUGCUCAACCCAAACUCGGUUACAGGAGCAUGGUGUCGGUCGAUGACGUACCCGAAUUGUUUGCCUCGCUAGACAUCCUGCACUCGCCGUACUUCGAACUUAACUUUAUGGAAUUGAUUCCCAAGCCGGCGCAGCCAUGCGAUGCUCCUCCACUCUACUUGCGACUGCGAAUGGGAAAACCGUUGAACCGCAAGGGAGCCAUGACCACACCCAUCAUGUCGUACGGAAAGAAAAAGAUGAAGCCCGAAUAUUGGUUCAGCAUCCCGCGAGACAAGGCGGAUAGUUUGUGCCGGUUUUUCUUGCUCUGGUCACCGGAUGUGUACGGAGAACCGGGAGAUGCUGAGUGCGUAGCUAAACGCGGUUUCGAGCUCAUCACGGAAGAUCUCGAAUGGGAGGAGCCGAGUCCCGUUCGAAGGCAGAAACCUGCCAAGAAAAGCAAGGGCUCAAGUGGCGGCAAAAGGAGUGGCGAACAUGACGUCACCGAAGAUGAAGACGACCCGCACGGGGUCACGUCAGAUCUGGCUAAAGAAUCUUGGGAGCGUGCCAAAGCCCCCUAUGUCCGCUUGUUCACCAUUCUAAAGACGCAGGCAACGCUUUUCGAGAGCGACCAGGAUGAGAUCGUUUCUCUGAAUGAAGAAGUGCGCAGGGCAUUGUAUGGAUCGGAACGUUUGAGCGCACUUGAUCUGGACUCGUAUCUGCCCGAUUUAAUUGGCCCUACCGAAGUGCUGACUGACGAAUAUCGCAAACAGCUGGCCAAACAUUUGCCAGCGCGAGUUGAAGGUUAUCCGUGGACGUUGGUGUUCAGCACGUCGCAGAAUGGAUUCAGCCUCAGUUCGUUGUAUCGUAAAAUGAUAGGCAUCGAUAGUCCCAUUUUACUGGUGAUAGAAGAUACGCAGGGAAACGUGUUUGGCGCCAUCACGUCGUGCGAAAUUCGCGUUAGCGAGUCGUUUUACGGCACAGGCGAGUCACUCCUCUUCGCCAUCAACCCGAAAAUGCAAAUUUAUCCGUGGUCGGGCGACAACUCUUAUUUUAUUCAAGGCAACAACGAAAGCUUGGCCAUCGGAGCCGGAGAUGGCCGUUUUGGAUUGUGGCUGGACGGUGACCUGAACCAAGGCCGUUCGCAGACGUGUAAGACGUUUGGAAAUGAUCCGCUCAGCCCGGAUGAAGAUUUUUGGGUCAAGACGCUCGAAUGCUGGGCGUUCAUGUGAAAACGCAUUGGUUGUUGAUUGUACUCUCAAAUCUCUCUCUCUCUCUCUCUCUCUCUCUAUCUAUCUAUCCGUUCUCACUCACACACUCACAGACAUACACAUACACACACAUUCCUCACGUACACACCAAUGUAACACGAGACCUCCCCCUCUUUUGUUUUCUUUAUUCCCUUUCCCUUUCUACCUCCUCCCUUCAUCUGCCCCACCUUCCGUAACCUGCAUCACUUAUCCCUCGCGCCAAAAUAAAUAUCUUAGCUCUAUAUAUAUUAUAUAUUCUAACCAAUAAUAGAAAGAAAAAAAAAAAAAAAAAAAAGCAAAGAAAAAUAAGCACAUCAAGAUAUUUAUCUUGUAUUGUUGUUCGUUAGUGAGAGCGGUUUCGUUGCGAUCCGCUCUGUACAUCAUUUUUUUUUUUUAACCGUGUUCGUGUUAAUAAAUACAGCUCUAGAAUGUGAGCCGAAUCGGCGCCCAACCUGCCCGUCUCUUUUUUUUUGGUUUUUUUUUUUGUACAGAUCAAUUUCUACAUAAAACAUCCUUCUUUUCUUCAAUUCUUUUCUUAUUGACGGGCUAAAAAAAAAAUGGUUGGGUCCGUCUAAAAGAAAAUUGAAACCCCUCCUCAACUUCCAACGUCCAUCAAAACAUGUUGUUUUACAUUUAUUUACAUGUUAUUAGUUGUUUUGUUUUUCCAGUUGAUACAAUUGGUGGAGCAAAACAAGAAAAAUCAGACGUCGGAAAAUCUUUUUCAUCCCCAGCAGUCCAUAACCUUGUAGCCAGCCACAAAGUAUGCAUCCCCAUCGAAACAAUGUUGAAAAAAAAAUAAAAUUAAAAAUAAAAAUAAAUUAAGGCAUUGAAAAACGGUUAUUGUUGGUAUAAUGUUGAUGUCAUUUAAUUGUUUGGUUGCGCAUAUACUAUCUCUUCUUGUAUAAGCAAUACACACACGACAUGGCUUUCACAAUCAAAA